UGAGGGGCGCUAUAGCAAAGAAAAUGUUCAUUUCUUCUUGUUUGUUUCCUGUCGUGGCGAAACAGAACAUUAGUUUUAUGUAAGAGCUGUCAGUGAAAACGGAAUUGUGUUGGCCUGCACACAAGACGUUAUUCAGCAGAUGAACAAAGAAAGAUGGCAGCAGUGGCUAGCAGAGCAGUAGGAGCUGUUGUGGGAUCAGCAGUUGCAGAUGCAGCAGCGCAGCCGCUCCACUGGGUCUACGACCUUCAGAAGCUGCAAGAGAUCCUGGCUCAGGAGCCGAAUCCAGAAUUCCACCCGAAAUCGGCCAACCCCUUCUACAGGAGACAGACGGGUCAACAGAGCUGCUAUGGGGACCAAGCAUAUGUCCUGCUUGAGUCUUUGUCUGAGUGUCAAGGUUUGAAUAUUGAUGAUCUAAAACAGCGCACACUAAAAUUCUUUGGGCCGGGGUCAGAGUACGACACGCCUGUCAAUGAUCCUUACAGGCAGAGAGGCGGUCCAAGACCUCAGCUCCCCAUUGAGGGACCGUGGAGACAUGCGAGUUUGAAAAGCUUUCUGAAGAAUGUGGACUCUAACAAAGAGGAGACAGGUUGUGAGACAGACUGUCAGAUUGAUGGAAUAGCUAAACUUGCUCCCAUAGUGGCUUUUUACGCAGGGAAACCAGACAUGUUGGAAAAGGUUGAGCAGGCUAUCCGGGUCACACAAAACAAUGACGCGUGUGUGGCAGAGACUUUGGCAGCUGCCAGGUUCUUGGAGUAUUUCAUCCUAAAUGGUCCUGAUCCGAAAGCUCUGGAUGUUGUUAUCGGACAGCUCAAUGACCCAAACAGAAAACAAAGACAGGAUUUGGACAAAGCUGUCAUUGGGCAUAUUCUUCAGGUAAAGGAAAAUUUAUCCAAAACUCCCCAGGAGCUUAUUCCAGCCAUCUUCCCAAACACCUGAGGUUUACCUGGUGCGUUCCAAGCAGCGCUGCAUGGAGUCCUUACAGCCAAGAACUAUGAGCAGGCCGUUAGAGAAACCAUGCGCUGUGGGGGAUGCACCUGUAGCAGAGGCUCCUUUAUUGGGGCUUGUCUUGGUGCACAGCUUGGGUUUGAGGGAAUUCCAGCUUCUUGGGCCUCCAAAACUCACCGAUAUGAAUCUGUGUUAGAGCACAGUGGGAAGAUAACAAAACACCACCAGUAGUUUAUUUUCUCUCAGGCAGCCUUGAUAGAGAACAUUUCUGUAAACAGUUGGACUCUCACAGAGCAGUCAAUGAAGGUUCUUGUCUAAAAUUGUUGACAAGAGUCAGAUGCUUUUGUUUCUAUGACUGUUAAGCUUGUUUUUCAGUUGUUCUUUUCAUGGAUUUGUGUUCUACUCUUGAACAAAUAAAAAAAAAAGAAAGAUUA